CAUUUCUCCUCUCCCAAUUUCUCCAUUUCCUCCUCUUUUUUCACCACACCCAAAACUACACCUCUCUCUCUCUCUCUCUCUCUCUCUCUCCAAAUUUUCAUGGACAAGGUUGAGAAGGAGACUCAAGACUUCAUGAACGUAGAGUCAUUCUCUCAGCUCCCCUUCAUACGCCCGGCCCCUCCCGUCAACAAAGAAAAGGGCAUCCGCCUCUUUGGCAUAGAAUUCGGCGCGGACACCCCCACGGAAGACUCCGAAUCCCUUGACUACACCAAUGCCUGCGAAGACACCCCCGCGAAAGAGUACAACAUCAACACCACGACCGGCACCAACAGCAACAACAAAAGCAGCGAAAGCGGAGGUGAGAGCAGCCGGAGAUUCGAAUGUCACUACUGCUGCCGGAACUUCCCGACCUCCCAAGCCCUCGGGGGCCACCAAAACGCUCACAAGAGAGAGCGGCAGCACGCAAAACGCGAGCACCUCCAGUCGGCCAUGGUGCAUGCCGGCCACCACGGCCUAUCUCACGACGCGCACCACCACGUGUACGGCUUAAUGAACUACACAACUUCUAGGCUUGGGGCUUCACCUCACCAUCACCAUACUGCUUAUCCAUCUUGGAAUAGUAGCCACUCUAGCUCCAUUGCUGGUGCUCAUCAACAUACUAGGUUUUAUGGAAGCUCUGGUGGGACGUACGGCACGCAAUCAGCGCCCAUAAAUGGGAGCCCUUUGGCCCUGUGGCGGAUCCCUGCAGUUCAGGGUACUACUAACCCUAGUUUCAAUCGUGACCGUUCGAUGAAUUUGUUCGCCGGCGGGGAGGAGAUGAAGGCGGCAGGGGUCGGUGGGACGGGCGGUCAAGGGCGGUAUGUGUAUGAUUCGUCAAUGGCGAGUGUGCAAGACCAUGCAAGGAAAUUGCUAUUUUUGUGAAGCAAAAUUUUCGUUUAGAUUUCGUUCCAUCAGCAGAGUUGGGUUCAUUUCAUUCACAGCAAUGUCUCUCUCUUCUUUGAGAGAGUAUAGUUUAACUUUUGUCCACACGUGUGAGGAAUAUAUGGCAUCAGUUAGGAGGUGCAUGGACUUUUGUAGAUACACACGUGUGGCUAUGUCGAUGUAUUUGUUUGGUUCUCUAGACAGGUGGGGUGAUGAGAGAGGUGGAUUUUGAUUCAGUGUAUCACACUGCUGCGCACACACACACACAGAAGAAAGAUGAUGAUCAGGUGAUAAGGUUUGAUGAUAGUGUUCUGUUUUCUGCUGCCUCAAAAUAUGCAGAAAGAAAAUGAUAUAUCCAUGGAAUUUUGCAGGUUGCAUUGCUUCCUGCUACAUUUUAAUUUAUGUAUUUUUGCUUAUACAGUGCAAUU